AUGGAUCGUGGCAUAAGUUGGCCAGAAAAAGGUAAUGAUGGAGGACUGAAUUUUCAUGGAAUGUUCAUGAGUACAGGGCUCGUGUUCUUCCAAGGCGAAGCACUUCUUUCGUAUCGAAUGUAUCGCUACGACAGCAAAGUCCUGUCGAAAUUCAUUCACGUCGUUUUUCAUGUGAUGGCGAUCGGCUUCUUCACCACCGCUCUCGCUUCUAUUAUCAUACAAAAGAAUGUCAACGUGAGCAUACGUGAUCUACUGUGA